CUCGCUCUCAUUGGUCACGUGAUUCGGAACGCGCUCGAGAUUCUGCUUACAGACACUUCUGCUUCAAAAGAUCGACGCUGAGUCGAGUGGGAGGUCUCGAGUUGGACAUCUCUACAUAUCACACGUCUUACCUUUCUGUGCAAACCGUAGUGCGGUCGCACUCCGUUUUGACGCCUGAAUGAUCGCAGUCUGAAACGGAGCCUCACACGAGGACAACCAUUUCCAACGGACUUCGCUAUGAGUGGAUUUUCUCCAGGGAUGCUCCACCUCCUCCUGCUGCUGCUGCUGCUGCUGCUGCUGAACCUGAUCUGGACCGUGGAAGGAGCAUCAACCCUUUUCAGGGAAGCAGCUGUGGACAGCUUCAUACAGUUAAUCUGAAGGAUAAAAUUUCAGUCAUUGUCUUGAUACCACCUGUUUUUCAGCUGUCCGGGUGGUGGGAGGAAACGUGUCGGUGGUUCUUGGAGAGAGCGCUACGUUACCCUGCAACCUCCUUGACACCACAGAGACGCUCACACAGAUUUCAUGGCAGAGAAUGACUAAGGGGAAGCCAGAAAAUGUGAAUUUCAUUACGAUUCUGGCUGAUAAAACACACAUCUACAAUGCAGCUGACUAUCGGUUCAAGAACAUUGGAAACUUUACCAAAUACGAUGGAACCCUCCAGUUAUCAGACGCCACGUUGCUGGAUGAAGGCAGCUACUCGUGCAUAUUCACUCUGUUUCCCAGUGGAAAUUUCAGGACAGAUAUAACAGUAAACCUCCUUGUCCCUCCAGUCGUAACGGUGGAGGACGACGCCCCUCUGUUGGGGGGUGAAGAAGCUUCCCUUGCUACCUGUACGGCGGCUGGUUCCCGGCCUCCUGCUGAGGUGAAGUGGAUUAUGGGUUCUCUGGAGGGCUCGGUCCGUUCAACCACCACCUCCACCCUUCACGAUAACGGAACCACCACCACGGUCAGCUCGCUGCUUGGAGUCCCUACCAGAGACGUCAACCAGCGUUUGGUGAGAUGUGUCGUCACCAGCGCGGCGCUGACACAAGCAAAGAGCCUGCCCUUCACGUUACAAGUGUUCUUUUCACCCACGACAGUGAACGUCACUGUAAUGUCAGAUAAUUCAUUAGAGUGUAUGACUGAAGCCAACCCAGCUGCCAGCUUCACCUGGAGCAGAGCUGACAAGUCCUGGCCUCAGUCUGGUGUCACUGUGGUCGGACCAACGCUGCAGUUUGUGAGGAACACCGCUGGCGUCAAUGGCCUCUACCAGUGUGAAGCCUCCAACCUGUACCGGAGGAGUCAUGGUUACGUCUAUGUGCAUGUGACAUCAGGCUCCUGCACGGUUUGCUGGGUAUUAUUUAGCCUUUUGCUCGUCCUGUUUGCCAUUGGUCUUGCUGCAUGGUACUACCUUUUUAUAUUUAGGCCCAAACAAAGCAGAGGAGAGAGCACACAUGCAGGGAGGCAGCCUAUCCUUACAGACGAUGAAGAAGCUGAAACACCUACGUGAAGCACAUGUUAAAUGUAAAAUCUGUUUUAGUCACGAGACUGUGUGAAGUGUCUCAUGAACUACUUCACCAAACACAAAAACAGCAUCAGUUUAUGGUGCAAAUGUCCAAGUGUGGCUGAGUAUUUGAAUACAGUUCUCCUUUUCCUUUUUUGAGAACUUCUGUUUUGCUUUGCCAGUUUACCCUCGUGCUUCAGGACAGAGGAAUGAGUCAGUGUACAGUAUGUCCUGUAUCAGUACAGUAGGUCCACAGUAGCACCACAGCUCCAACUGUAAAAGGAUGUGGUUUUUGUGGUGACUGAAUAUAUCAUUAGAUUUAAUCUUUUUUGCUUUAGUUGAUCUUUGCCAGGUUAGAGUUUCAGACUGAUGUAUUUGCAUAUUUUACAUUGUACGUUUAAGCAUCAACUUAAAUGUGCUGUCAGUGAUAUAACCUUCACAGCUUCUAAAACUACUUGUAUGUUUCAAUUGACUGUACUCACAGUAAAAAAAUCCUGCUGUGUUUGAGUUUUUCCAUUAAAUGUGUCCAGAGACAUUUGUUACAUGAUUUAGUUAAAUGCUUUUUGUAAUAACAUAUUUAUUGGAGUUCUUCUGAGUCUCACAACAGAUUAUUCCCACUGUCAGCAAAUCCUGUCUCUUAGUUUUUUUGCUUUGUUUGUUAUCUUGUUCUACAUUUGUCUUUUAUUUGUUUGAUUUGUAACCUUACAAAUGUGUCUGGUCUGUCACAUCAUCACCUAAAACGCUUUAGGAGUCCUGUGACCAGUGUAAUCUGCGCUGCUUUCAGCUUCCUCAGAAUAGUCAAUGUUAACAAAGACCAGGCAAAGAGCAGCUACAGCGAUCUUCAUAGUACAAGUCUUUGUGCUGUAGAACAAAAAUAAUGUUCAGAUCGGUUUGUUAUGAAUCUAAAAUGCUGUCAUAUAAAGUCGAUUGUCUGUAGAUGCUGAAGUGGAGUUGGGACGUUAACGCUGAGGUAUCAGCACGUCACCAUCUGUGCCACUGUGGCUUUUUGUUUCUAGACGAGUUCAACUCUCCUGCUGCACAAUAUGUCUGUCUGUUCAUUGAAAGUAGUGAAGUUUGCUUCAAGUAUUCUUUAUAUGAAGGUUCCCCAUUGUGAGACUAUUAAAGGUUUUAUUAAGGA